AUGGCUGAACAGCGAGUGAAUGUUCAUAUACCGUCUUACCCUGCCGUCCUAGAUAGCGUGCGACUCCGUGAUAUUGAGCUCCCUCUCCCUGCUGCACCAGAGGCAUGGCAUCGGCUUGGGAAGUCGCAGCCGUGCACUGCAUCUCUGAAAUUAUCUUACUCGUCGGCCGUUGCAUCCGCUAAUGCGGAUGAUGUCUCUCUUUCUAUCGACUAUGGGAAGCUUUACCGCCGGUUAGAAGAAGAUAUUCGCAAUAUGGGGCAGCAUGAGGAACAUCCAGGGAAACGGAUGAUUAGCCUGGAAGGCAACCGACGAAAUUCGAUGAUGAAGAAUGAUGCUGGUCAGGAUGUGCGACUGACAGCAGCCAUUGUUGCGAACUGCAGCUUAGGGUUACUCGAUGAGACUACGGCCGGGGUUAGGAGAAUGUCACACUUGCACAAUGCCGCCAAUCAAGCACCACCCUUGGCAUCCCCCAUUGACGGCGUCUUUGGUCGAUGUGAGGUUUGGCUAAAUCUCCCCAAGGCCCUGCUGCGCGCGGAAGAAGGCCUGAAAUACCGCAGCGUCACGGUUUGGGGUUACAAGCAAGACAACGAAGUCGUGGGCAAUCUUCAGGACUCUGAACGGUGCCCUGUGGUUCUGGAAGAAGAAUUCCGCAUUGACGGUAUAAGAUGCCAUUGUAUCCUUGGUGUCAAUUCCCAUGAGAGAGUUGAGAAGCAGGCUGUGAUCGUUUCGCUGGAGUUUAAAGGCCCGGGCCAGUUGGCAUGGGGAUCAACUGUGGUAGACACUUACCAGGAAAUGACUAGGACUGUCGCAGAGCGCGUUGAGGAAACCACUUUCCAAACCGUGGAGGCACUAGCGACUUUUGUCGCGCGCAUAGUGACAGUUGAAUUCGCCAACGAGCGCGUGACAGUUCGAGUAGAGAAGCCUAGCGCGUUGGCCUUUGUGGGAAGAUCAGGCAUAGAGAUCACCCGGUCCCAGUCAUUCUUUGAAAGAUCUGAGAUGGAUGGAGGGCGGGUAUAG